AGGACAUAUCCCAAGUGAAAUUGAUAACCUAUCAGCAAUUCGAAGAUUAAGUCUACCACGGAACAAUUUGGUAGGAAUUCUUCCACCAUCUAUGGGAAAUUUGUCAAAUCUAGAGGUGAUAGACCUAGGUGAAAACAGUCUACAUGGUGGCAUUCCACAAGAAUUCAAAGAUCUUGCAAAUUUGAAAGAAUUGUUUCUUGGUCAAAACAGAUUAUCGGGUGAAAUUCCAGGGCCUAUGUAUAACAUUUCUGGACUAGAAAGGAUUUCAUUUGUAGGAAAUGGGCUCUCGGGAACACUUCGCUCAAACAUAGGCCAUACCCUUCCAAAUCUUGUCGGCCUCUAUUUUGGGAACAACCAAUUUACCGGGCUGAUUCCUACUUCCAUUGUGAAUUCCACCAAGCUUAUCCAGCUUGAUUUUGGUCGCAAUCUGUUCAGUGGACCUGUACCUAUGAAUCUUGAAAAGCUACAACAGCUUCAAUUCAUCAGCUUGCAAUUUAAUCAAUUGACGAAUGAUCCAUCUACAGGCGAGUUAAGUUUUCUUACAUCAUUAUCUAAUUGCAAGUAUCUGAAGACAGUUCAAAUAGGAAGUAACCAAUUUAAUGGAAGUCUUCCAAAGUCCUUAGGAUCAGGCAACUGGUCCUUUUCCCUUGAAUAUUUCAUUGCCACUAAUAGUGGUAUCAGAGGAAAAAUACCACCUAACAUCAGUAACUUCAGGAACCUGGAGUGGUUAAGCUUGGGAGACAAUAAGCUUAUAGGAUCUAUUCCUCAAGAUUUGGGGAACUUGAGGAAUUUGAAAAGAUUUAGCCUAGAGAAAAACAAUUUAGAUGGAAUUAUACCAACUAGCUUGUGUAGCAUGGAAAACUUGUACCAAGUUAUCUUGGGCAAAAAUCAACUUUCUGGAGAAUUACCAAGUUGCUUUGGAAAUAUUUCUUCUUUAAGAGAACUCUACUUAGAUUCCAAUGCACUAGUUUCCCAUAUUCCAUCAACUUUUUGGAGAAACAAAGAUCUUUCAGUUCUCGAUUUGUCCUUUAAUUUGCUGAAUGGAUCUCUUGCGGUAGAAAUGGGAAACACAAGGAGUUUGCGGAUGUUAAAUUUAUCUGGCAAUCAGUUCUCUGGUCAGAUACCUAGUACAAUCGGCCAACUACAAAACUUGGUUAGCCUUUCGUUGUCAAAGAAUAUGUUGGAUGGCCCUAUACCUGAAUUAUUUGAAGAUUUAAUUUCACUGGAAUAUUUGGAUCUAUCUAGCAACAAUUUAUCAGGCAUGAUCCCCAAGUCCUUGAGGAAUCUUGAACAUCUCAUGUAUUUCAAUGUCUCGUUCAAUGGGCUCAUGGGUGAAAUUCCAGAUGGAGGGCCAUUCGUAAAUUUUACAGCUGAAUCAUUCAUGGGUAACCCUGCAUUAUGUGGAUCAUCACGCUUCCGUGUGAUGCAAUGCAGAGUCACUAGUCUUGAAAGAAAAGGAAAGAGUAGAGUCUUAACUUCUGUUCUUGCAUCAGUUUCCUCAGGAGUUGUAGUCACGACCAUUUUCAUCAUUUGGUUUCUGAAAUGCCGAAAAAGGAGUACGGAACUUCCUCUAGUUGAUACAUUUGGUCAGGUACAUAAGAGGAUUUCGUACUAUGAUAUUUCUCAAGGGACAAACAACUUUGAUGAAGCAAACUUGAUUGGAAGGGGGAGCCUUGGUUUGGUGUACAAAGGGACACUUGCAGAUGGAAUGGUUGUGGCAACAAAGGUAUUCAAUACAGAACUGCAACAUGCAUUUAGGAGUUUUGAAGUGGAGUGUCAAGUUUUACGUAGCAUUCGACACAGAAACCUUGUUAAGGUGAUAAGUAGUUGUGCCAAUUUCGAUUAUAAAGUGUUGGUGCUAGAGUACAUGCCCAAUGAAAACCUCGAAUGUUGGCUUCACUCUACUGACAAAUUUUUGGAUAUAACUCAAAGACUAAAGGUGAUGAUUGAUGUGGCUUCUGCUGUGGAGUAUUUACAUGGAGGUCAUUUGUUUGUAGUCGUCCAUUGUGAUUUGAAACCAAGUAACGUACUUUUGGAUGGAGAUAUGGUGGCAAAAGUGAGUGACUUUGGGAUAUCCAAACUUCUAGCAUCUGAGACACUAAUAGCACAUACCAAGACCUUGGGUACUAUCGGCUACAUGGCACCAGGUAAAUGUUAUUACCAAGUUCAUUUGAAAAUUUCAAAUGAUGUUAAUUAUUUUCAUUAAUGAUUUGUGGUUCGUUUUUUUUCUUUUUUGCAGAGUAUGGGUCAGAAGGCAAAGUAUCAACCAAGGGAGAUGUUUAUAGCUUUGGUAUUUUGUUAAUGGAGACUUUUACAAGAAAGAGCCCCGUGGAUGAUCUAUUCGUUGGAGACUUCACCUUGAAAAGAUGGAUCUGCCAAUCAUUUCCAGACCGAUUGGUGGAUGUAGUGGACAUUAAUCUAUUUUCACUGGACAAAGAAAAUUUUACUUCCAAAGAGAGGUGCUUCAAAUCAAUCAUGGAAUUAGCUCUUGAAUGCACAAAUGAUUUGCCGGAAGAGAGAAUCUGCAUGGAAGAUAUUACUCUGCGACUCAAGAAGAUCCUAAAUCAAUUUCUGCAGAAUGCUGUGACAAACUAAAUGGAUCUAUUGUGGAUCUGUCACAUUGUGUUCACGGGCACAAAAAGUUGGAUUAGUACAUAGAACUAAGAGAUUGAAAAUAUUCCGUUUCAAUUAUUUUGGAAAGCUCGUCUGGUGUAUGUUCUUCUUUAUACGUAAUAAUUCUUUAUGUAGGUAUAUCAUUUUUCUUCUUGUUUUUUUUUUCCUUUUUUUGAAGCAUCAAUCAAUAAAAUGUUAUCAUCGAAGAUUUAUCAUAGUCUCACUGCUUUUUUUUCUGAACUUGGUAAAUAUAUGCUUAGUCUGAUAUUUAUACCAAAAAAGUGAACUUAGAACUUAAAUAAGUAAAUUACAAUAUGACAUGAUGAUUAUGAAAUGAAAAUAAACUACACAUUGAAUUUGAAUAAGCAGAUCACUAAAUCACAUGAUAUUUUUUAGAGUCAUUGCAUUUCUGACACCUCUUUCCCGGCCUCACCCUAUUCGUUAUGGGAAAUCAAUGCUCCGAGCCAAAUAGACUUUCCUAAUUCCUAAUAAUAACCUUGAAUCAUCAAUAAAUGAGAAUCAAGUUAGUGCUUGAUAAUAAACCAUGAAGAUUUUGCGACCUAUAGCAGAAUUCAAUACCUCGAUCGCCUCCACCAGUCUUAAUAUACCUUCCAAAGCUUAGUCAAUAAUGCUAAGUGCUUCAUUCUGUUUUCAGGUUAUCCUUAGAAAGGUCAUCUAACACUGACUAAUGGUGCUGGUGAAACAAUAUGGCUACAACAUUUUCAAGCCCUUUGGGCAUGUAAAGCACAAAAGUAACAAACAUGAACUUUUGCCACUAUUCUCACCAAUGCAUUGCAAUAACUCCUUUG